UCUCAAUGGAAUCUCGUCAGGCCUGAAACCAAGUCUGAAAACUGGUUUCAGGCCAAACUAUUAACUCCACCCUUCCUAAGGCACCAUAUAACCCGCUGGUCAAAGGAUGUUCCUCAUUGUUCUGCCAUCGUAGCACGUGUACAGAAGACCAGGAGCUUUCACAGCAGUGAGUUAGCACUCAAAAGAAACUAAAAUGGUGUCCAUGUGCCGCCAGAUGCUAGGCUUUGGCCUGGGCAUCGUUGGCUUCUUGGGGACCAUCAUUGUUUGCGCCCUUCCCAUGUGGAAGGUAACAGCAUUCAUCGGAGCCAACAUUGUGACAGCGCAGAUCAUCUGGGAGGGCUUGUGGAUGAACUGUGUCAUGCAGAGCACAGGCCAGAUGCAGUGUAAGAUCUACGACUCCAUGCUGGCACUGCCUCAGGAUCUGCAGGCCGCCCGAGCUCUGACCGUCAUCUCCAUCAUCGUCUGCCUGUUUGCCAUGAUCCUGGGGGUUAGUGGAGGCAAGUGCACCAACUUUGUGGAGAACGAGAGCACAAAGAUCAAGGUGGCCAUAGCCAGUGGCGUCACUUUCAUCAUUGCUGGAGUCCUGUGCCUCAUCCCAGUCUGCUGGUCCACCAACACCAUCGUCCAGGACUUCUACAACCCCAUCAUCACCAGCGCUCAGAAGAGGGAGCUUGUGGAAAUGGCAUCGAUGGGGCUGCAGAUGCUGGGGUGCACACUAGCACUAAUCGGCUACAUUGGGUUGAUCAUCGUCUGCGGCCUGCCCAUGUGGCGAGUCUCGGCCUUCAUCGGAAACAACAUCGUGACAUCCCAGAUCUACUGGGAGGGCAUCUGGAUGAGCUGUGUGGUGCAGAGCACAGGCCAGAUGCAAUGCAAAGUCUACGAUUCCAUGCUCGCUCUAACUUCGGACCUACAGGCUGCCCGCGCACUGAUGGUCAUCGCACUGGUGGUGGGCAUCGCUGGGAUCUUUAUGGCCUUUGCUUCUGGCAAGUGCACCAAUUUUAUUCCCGAGGGGAAUGGCAAAAUGAGGGCAUCUGUGGCUGCUGGAGUUAUCCUAAUCAUUACAGGUGUCCUUUCCCUCAUUCCUGUGUCCUGGACAGCCAGCAGUAUCACGAGAGAUUUCUACAACCCCGUACUGAUUGACGCCCAAAAGCGCGAGCUGGGGGCUUCACUGUACAUCGGAUGGGGAGCCGGAUUUCUCCUGGUGCUAGGAGGAGCACUUCUCUGUAGUUCCUGCUCACAACGGGAUGAUCGUGCACCAUCCCUCAAGUACCAGUCGUUCAGGUCUAAAUUAUCAACUGGGAAUAAUUCGGUGCCCAGCCAUGGCGCAGCAUCACAGAGGUCUGCCACGCCAUCCAAGACCUACAUCUAAAAGGAUCUAAUAGAGAAGGACUAUAUGCAUAAGACAAUGCACAAAAUACUUAACAUUACAUCAUGUCUAUUUUAAGUUUGAAGUCUUUUUAUACUAUUACUAUUAUUUGAAUUGAUGUAGCAUUCUCUCACUGUAUUAAACGUGUAUAUGUGCACAAUGUUUUAUAAGCUUUUUGGCACAUGCUGUUCAGAUAACCUGCUAUGGCAAUAAAAAAAAGCUAUUUUUA